UUGCUGCCAACCAGUAAAAUUUCUUAUUCUUUUGUUAUUGCAAUGGUGGCUUGCUCUCUGGCAUAACAUAGACUGCUAAAGAAGCCCACAGUAUCUUGCUAGGAAGUAGGCUAGGAAACCUCUUAAAGAAAAUGACAACUUCACUGUUCUACUAUAUAUAGAUGAUGAUCUCACUUUCUCAUACCAAAAGUCAAUUAAACUACUCAAUACAUUCCAAGUCUUUGCCUUUCUACCACACCAUGUUCAACUCCACUUUCCUCCCACCAAUUCAUCAUGACAAUGUUGUUCCAAGCUCUUAUUAUGCUUCUUCUGAUUACUUGCUUGAAAAGUAUUCCAAUGAUCAUCUAGGAAGUCAUGAACUUUCUCAUUAUCUUGACUUACCAGAUCAUGAAGAGCCUUUAAUCAACAAUGUUCAUACUGAUUCCAAUUCAACCCUCACAGCUGUUGAAAUUGCUAUCUUCUUCUCGUAUGCUUUGUUUUGUAGAUGAACGAAAUUGGAGAGCCAUUUCUUCUUUAAGACGUCCUGCGUGCCUCAAUCUGAUUCCUACCGCCAUACCAAAAUAAUCAGGCACCCUUUGUUAAAAGAUGAGACGCCCUUGGUUUCCGGUUUCCUCCGUUUGUUUUUCCUUCUGCCAUCGUAACCCUUCUGGGCUCUGAGAACUAAGACCAUCCAGCCAACCACGUGUAUAUAUAUAUAUAUAUAUAUAUAUAUAUAUACAAACUUGCUCUCCCACAUUCAUUCACCGGUCACCACCCAUUCCAAAAGAAAGGCCGAGACCUGCUCCUCAAGGCAAAAAAAAUUUCCUUCCUUAUCGAACCCACCAAAAAAAAAAAAAAGAAAGAGCAAAGGUAAAUAUAAGAAUAGUUCCACGGAUUGGAAUUCCAUCUUUUCUCCCCAACUUUCUGGAACUUUCUCACUUUAUCCUUCUGUUACUCUUUACUUACAUCUACAACUGACAUCUUAGACGUCGCCGUCCUCGUCUCACCGUCGAAAACAUGGACACUAAGAUCGGAGCAUUGGACACGUGUAAGCCACUCAGCAACGACGUCGGUUGUCUCCCCACUAAUGGCGCCGUUACCAUCCACCAAUCUCCCAUUCCUUUCAACUCUGCUGACUCCACUCUUGGACGCCACCUGGCUUGCCGUCUCGUCUAGGUCGGCAUAAAUGACGUCUUCUCCUUGAGAAAAAGCCCUUUACUUUGCUGGGUUGUUAGGGGCUCACCCUUGUUUUUGGGAACCUGCCUUCAAUUAUUCUAGGUGGUUUGCUUCAAGUGUUCUUAUUUCAUAUAAAUCCUCAUAGUCUCUGAAUACUCCCCCAUUUGCAGAUUGAUAUGAAAUUGAAGUUAAGUGCUUUAGUCAAAUUGCGCUCCCUAUUUUCAGCCACCCGAAGGUUCAAUCUGUCCUUGUUUAGUGCUUUUGCGAUUGAAACAGUCAUUUUGAACCCUAGAUCCUAUGCUACAGCAGCUUUGCCAGUGGUUGAAACUUAUGGUGAAAAGGUUAAAACUGUUGGUAUUCAAAAGAAACCAUUAGAUCCUGCUGAUGUUUUAAGGAGCUGGGGUUGUAGUGAAAAUGAUGUGUCCACUAUUUUUUUCCGCCGGCCAUCCGUGCGUAAAAUGGAUGUAAACAACCUUCAAUCCAAGCUUCACACACUCAGUGGUUUGGGUAUCUCCUCAUCUGACCUGGCAAAGAUUAUUUAUUGUCGUCCCCGCUUUCUCAAUUGUCGACUCAAUAAAAACUUGGAUGAAUGCAUCGAGUAUCUUCAAGCACUGUUUGGUUCUAGGGAAGUUCUGCUCAAGGCUAUACUCCGCAAUCCAUCACUGCUCACGUAUGACCUUCAUAAUAGUAUAAAGCCUGUUAUUGCCAGGUUCGAGAAUGUUGGUCUUAGCAGAAAGGACUUGGUCCCUAUGCUCAUCUCUCGGCCCACCUUGAUCCCCCGGUGUACUCUGAAUGAUGCAAAGAUGGACUACAUACGUCGAACUGGGGUCUCAAAGGUUUCAAGGAUGUAUAAGUAUGUAGUUACUCUCUUUUCCAUCUCUCGUCUUGAGACAAUCCAUGCAAAGAUGGCGAAUUUGGAGAAAUUUGGUUUUUCUGAAGAUGAGAUACUGAAAUUAUUUGGACGCUCUCCUCUUUUAUUAACACUUUCUGUUGAUAAAGUUCAGAGAAACAUGACUUUUAUUUUGGGCACUAUGAAGCUCUCUGCCAGCAGUGUAUUACGUAAUCCAUGUCUCCUGUACUUCAAUUUGGAGACCUUGUUGAGACCACGUUAUCUUCUUGCAGAGAAGAUUGAUGAUAUGGGUCUUGUUCCUCAAGUCAGGGGACCUUCUAUGGUAAGAGCUUUGAGGAUGACUGAGAAGCGAUUUAUCAAGGCAUUCAUUAGUUGUCACCCGGAGGCUGUGGCCAAGGAAUUGAUGUCAUUCUAUACUAGUGCAAAAGGUAUUAAGAGAUUAGCUGAAUCCUCAAAAAGAAGCGUCCAAAAAGGAUUUCCCUUCUAAGUCUUUUGUCAACUCAGCACUGAUAAAUUCUAGCUUCUUCACUCUUGCCCUGCCCCUAGAUUUUGUCAUUGUUUCAAACCUUAAGUUUAGUUCUUACAAACAGGACAUUCUCUGUAUGAAAGGAACUUGUCUCAUUUUUGUCACUUUUCUAUACAUAAUGCAUUGAUACUGGAUAUUCCUCGUCAUCAAGAAAGGAACCAUGGGAAAAAUGGGUCAAACAUAUAAGUAUUUACAUUCCCAUCUGGUCAAAAAGCGAGACUUUUCUGCUGCCAUUAGAGUGGUGCACAGAAGCCAGAAGUGCAUGUUCAGUGGUAUGCAGUUGUCAUUGUGCAUUGCCUCUGCUUCUGUUUUUCUUUUUCUUUUUCUUUUUUUUUCCCUUCCCCUGUAACGUUUUAUUUGACUUUGAAUCUAUGUAUUCUGUGCGUUACUGAACCACUUACAAUCUGCAUGGACAAAAUUUGUAUA